AUGGCAGCGAAAGUGUUGUGUAUAGCUCUCGCAUUAUUUGGGGCGACUUUGGCCCAGCCCCCAAAAGAAGGAUUCUGGAAGGGAACACCCAUGGACGGCAUGGUCGAGGAGAUGAGAUCCGGUUGUAUGGAAGGAUCUGACCCCACCGCUUGCAUCAAGUACAAGGUCAUGUCCUUAUUAGAUAGCAUCUUCAAGAAAGACACGUUCCAGAUCUCUGACGCUGUGGAAGUGACAAAGAACGGUGCAGCUGAAUCAACUGCUCGCUCGAACGGUGACUUCAUGGACUCUAUCGAAAGCUAUAUCCAAACUCAUGACGUUACUUUCCAACUGCCCAUCGCUGAUACUAAGGUCACUGUCAGCCCUAGGAACCUUGAAAAUGAUGAGCUGAGCCUGAACAUCAAGUUUAACAAGGAAGGCGCCCGCUCUGUUGGUGAAGCUCGCAAGGCAAAACUCAAGAAGAUCAUCGUCCCCAUCCUUGUGUUCGUUCUCCUCAAGGCCAUGACCCUCAUUCCCUUGGCUAUCGGAGUACUCGGUCUGAAGGCCUGGAACGCCCUUCAACUGUCAUUCUUCUCUUUCGUCGUAUCCGUCGCCCUGGCUAUCUUCCAACUUUGCAAGAAGUUUACCCAGAUCGCUGCGGACAACUCGCACCCGCAGAUCGCCGCUCAUGGACCAUGGGAUGCUGCAUACGCCGCCACCCGUCACAGGAGGGAAGCUGAACCUCAGGAACUAGCGCAGGAACUCGCUUAUAACGCGUAUCAC